AUGGGCUUGGAUGAGCUCAAGCCGGGCAACACUAAGCGCGCGAAAGACACUGCCAUCAGUGCAUUUAUGGCAUUUGUGAAAAGUGAGCAUGUAGAGUUUGACUAUGUUAGACAAUGCAUUGAACAAGAUGGCACGGGUAAGUGUUUUGUGUCUGUAUUGGAUAUGUUUGGUAUGUGCAUUGCAUUCAACGAGGGUAAGAAGGGCAAAGCGCUUGCUCGGAACACUGCCAUGCAGUACUUCAGACAGAGCAAAAUGUGGCUGUUCGAGCUAUUUCCUGUGCAACGACAUAUUACCGACGCAAAGUUGCUUGGCAUGGGGAAGACUCUCGACAGCUAC